AGUCAUGGAAAGCUUCCUGUACUUCCUGCUCCCAGCAGUAGGGGGCUACGCUCUCGCUUCACUCUUCUUCCUGAAGAACCCUCACAUUCUGCACAAGAAGAAACAGACAGCCUUCUUCUGCACCCACAUCUCUCACAGGGGAGGCAGUGGUGAAAGGAUUGAGAACACGAUGGAGGCCUUUACACACGCUGCUGAAGUGGGCACAGAGAUGCUGGAGUUAGACUGUCACUUGACUAAAGACGGUCAUGUGGUUGUGUCACAUGAUGAAAACCUCCUGCGACAGACUGGGCAAGAUGUCAACAUUUCCUCCUUAAACCUGGAGGAGUUGCCACCUUAUAAUGAGACUCUGGAGGUGACCUUUAAGACAGGCCACUUCAGCACUGGGUCAGAUAGAAACUUGGCACUGUUAGAGGAUGUCUUCCGCAAAUUUCCACACAUAGCUGUAAACAUUGAAGUGAAAGAGAAUAACAGCAUGCUGAUAGAGAAGAUUUCUGAUCUUGUGAAGAAAUACAACAGAGAGGCCAUCUCAGUCUGGGCCUCUGUUGACUCCACCAUCAUGGAAAACUGUCGCAAAACAAACUCCUCCAUGCCCUACAUGUUCACUGUAAAGCGCGGCUUAAAGCUGCUCCUGCUCUACUACACCGGUCUCUUGCCAUUUGUUCCCCUCGGAGAGAGUUUCCUGCAGUUCUACUUGCCACAAAUCAUGAACAGAGAAUUCAUACCUGAUAUGUGGAUUAUGAGAAGCAGACUGGUCGUCUCUUUAAUUCAAAGACUAACAUUGAGGAAAGCGAUGUUCAAGCACCUCAGAGACAGAGGAAUUCAGAUUCAUCUCUUUGUGUGUAAUGUGGAGCAAGAUAUUGAGGCUGCGUUUGCUGCAGGAGCAACAGGAGUCAUGACUGAUUAUCCCAUCCUGUUAUCAAACUAUAUUAGAAGACACACACAAGACACGUGAUCAAACACAGAUACACAAUGUACUGAACCCUUGUCUAGUCAAACACACUCACUGUACAAAUACUGUUUGCCUUUAAACAUACAGCCACGUUUUAUAUUAGCUUAUCAGCACUGGCAUAGUGUUGACAUAAAACUUGUUUUAUGGCAUUCUUCAUGGGACAUUUCUCGAGUAUGAACACACAUGAGAAUAAACAGAACUCGGUUACUCUACAA